AACAAACAGAUAUCAACAAAUUAGCCAAAAAUAAAAGAAGGAAUAAAUACACCCUAAGGCAACGCCUUAAUGCAUACAUUUUUCUCCCACCGUUCCACGGAAAAGCCACCAAGUAUGUUGAAACCGAACGCGGAUUCGGGCUAUAUACGCCCGGCGCACGAUAGCCUUGGCCUCGUUUGUUCUGGGUCAUUCCUCCAGCUCUCUCUUUUCUAUAUUAUUCACCGUUUGCCCAUUCACAACGAAGCCGGAUCGUUACUUUCGCUUCCGUUGUGGUCUUUUUUUCCAGAUCAAGAACGUUUCGCUUUGUGUUCUUCGCAUCUACUCCUUUUUCGGUAUUAUUCGUCGGAUUCGACUCCAUCGGCUAGGUUUUUUCAGGACUUCUGAUUGUUGGUGUUUGUGCGUUAUUGAGAACUUGAUUGGCUGACCCAGAACAGCUAUGGGCGAAUAUGAAAGAGAUGAAUAUGAGGAGUAUGAAGAUUUGGAUGAAUAUGAGGAAGAAGGUGGUGCAGAGGAAUAUGAGGAGGAAGAAACCCAGCAGCCUCCAGAAGAGUUGUUGGAGUACUUGGAGCUGAGACAACGACUGAAAGAAGAUAUCAGGAAGCAGAUGAAGAAAGAAUUAGGUUCUGCUAAUGAACUUUCCCGUGAAAUUAAAAAGACAUUGCCAAGGGACAAUUAUGGUUCCUUCUUUGGACCUUCACAGCCUGUAAUUGCUCAAAGAGUAAUCCAAGAAAGCAAGUCGCUAUUGGAGAAUCCAAAUUUGGUAGCAAAAGUCAUGAAGUCUAACCACACUAACAAUAAGAGCUCUGCAUCAAAACACACAGGAUCAAAAUCUGGUACCAGCAACAAUGCACCAAAAGUCAAUAAUGGGUUAAAAACAAAGGUGCAGAUGUUAAAAAAUACAAGAGAUUACUCAUUUCUAUUAUCUGAUGAUGCUGAACUUCCUGUUCCAUCAAAAGGUUCUCUACCUCAUAAAACAUCUGUUGCUAAUUCUGCUUUACCACCAAGCACCAAGCAAUUUUCAAGCAAUACUGGGAGAAAGUUGCUAGAUGAUCGUGUAGUACGGAAACCUAUACUGGGAAGCAGUCAAAUGCCACAUCAACUGUUGAGUCAGAAAUCUGUUUCUGUUAGUAAACAAACUCAACUAGCAUUAGAUUCCAGGAAACAACUGGGUAGCAGUAAAGGGAGUGGGCCUGGCCGGCCUUUGGGAGUGCAGCCCAAAAUCAUAGGUGGUCCAAACGGCAAGAGGGUUUUGAUACCAGGUGUAAAGAGCACUGUGCCUGCUUUGCAUAAGCCAACCUCUUCAAAGUUGCAACCUUCUAUUCCAAGGCAAUACUUGGUACAGAAAAAGGAAAUACUACAAUCUGGAAAAUCAAAGGUGAUGCCACAACAAGCUGAGCCUUCAUACAAACAUAAGCCGAUUAUGCAGAAACAGGCAGUGCCGUCGUCUAAUUCUCAGAUAAAGCAACUGCCUCCUAAAAAUGCAACUCGUUUUUUGGAAGAUAGGCACCCUGCAAGAAAGCCGAUGAGACAUGAAGAAGAAGAUGAUGGAGCAGAAGCUAUUAGUAUGAUUAGGAGGAUGUUUAGGUAUAAUCCCAACAGGUAUCAAGAUGAGGAUGACACUAGUGAUAUGGAGGCUAAUUUUGAUGACAUACUGAAGGAAGAAAAACAAAGUGCGAAAAUAGCAAAGAAAGAGGAUGAAGAGGAACUCCGGAAGAUAGAAGAAGAAGAAAGGAGGGAGCGGUUGAGAAAACAGUCAAAGAAGCGCAAGUUGAGCCAUUAAUGAUGGGAAAGAUGUUUUCCUUGCUUAUUAGAUAGAACUAUAGAGGUUUUCAUAUUUUGCUAGCACAAAGUUUGUACAGGAAUAUCUGAGUCACCGCUUAAUUUACCUGUUGAUUUAUAUCUAUUGAGCGUUGUGGCUCAUUGCCCAAGCACGGUUGCAACAGAGAGUUUUUAAUCUUUCUGCAGCUGCAAUAAUUUAACGCGCCCCUGUUUGUAAGCCAGUUGUGAGAAAAAUCUCAGGUACAUGAGCACCUGUUGAGUUUAUUUGCUACAUUAUUUUCUGCCGUGACA